AAACAUUGACAAGCUGCACGGUAGUUGUUUAAAAAGCUCACGCUUUCCCGCUUACAUUUCACCGGACUCCUCCCCUUCCAUCCAACACUACCCCACUCUCAUACAUUCAAUGGCCUCUGUCCCUACUGUCGCCCGCGCUCCCUCUCCCGACGUCUUUGCUACGCCGAGCAAGCAGGCGAGUACUCUUCAACUCCCACGCGUCGCGGGUAUUGACAUGACCCAGAUUGCUUCGAAGGUUGCAGCCUUCUCCCUCGAGUCCCCUGUGAAGAAGAUUGCUCCGCUCCAGCUCGUCGACGACGCACGUCGUUCUACGUCGCCAGAGUCGGAGGCCGACGAGGAGGCCCGUCUCACCGAGUUGAGGAAGAAGUUCGUUGGCGAUAUUGAUUUACCCGAAAGCGAGGAGCCUCUGUUAAAAGAGACGCGUCGUCGCUUCGUUCUGUUCCCUAUUCAGUACAACGAGAUCUGGCAAAUGUACAAGAAGGCCGAGGCGUCUUUCUGGACAGCUGAGGAGAUGGACCUGUCGAAGGACCUGCACGACUGGAACAACAAACUGAACAACGACGAACGUCACUUCCUUUCUCACGUGCUUGCCUUUUUCGCCGCGUCUGAUGGCAUCGUCAAUGAGAACCUGCUCGAGCGCUUCUCGAAUGAAGUACAGAUUGCCGAAGCGCGGUGUUUCUACGGGUUCCAAAUCAUGAUGGAGAAUAUUCACUCUGAGACUUACUCACUCCUCAUCGACACCUACAUCAAGGACCCUGCUCAGCGCGACUACCUCUUCGAUGCUAUCGAAACAAUUCCCUGCAUUAAGCGCAAGGCUGAGUGGGCCUUGAAGUGGAUCACCGAUGAACAGUCUACCUUCGGCGAACGACUGGUCGCCUUCGCUGCCGUCGAGGGCAUCUUCUUCUCGGGGUCGUUUGCGUCUAUCUUCUGGAUGAAGAAACGCGGGCUCAUGCCUGGUUUGACCUUCUCCAACGAGCUCAUCAGUCGUGACGAGGGCAUGCACACGGAUUUCGCCUGCUUGCUGUUCACCCACCUCAAGCGUCGUCCUCACCCGGAUACCCUGAAUCGCAUCAUUACGGAGGCUGUUGCCAUUGAGCAGGAGUUCUUAACCGUCGCACUGCCUGUCAGUCUCAUCGGCAUGAACGCCAAGCUCAUGUGCCAGUAUAUUGAGUUUGUCGCCGACCGCUUGCUAGUCGCUCUCGGAAACCCGAAGCAUUACAACUCGACAAACCCUUUCGAUUUCAUGGAGAUGAUCUCGCUCCAGGGCAAGACCAACUUCUUCGAGAAGCGUGUGUCAGAUUACUCCAAGGCCAACAUCUCGAACACUGGCACCAAUGCUGCUCAGACGUCAGCCAAGUCAUUUGUUUUGGACGAGGACUUCUAGUUAAUUUUAAUGACUGCAUGCAACUUGUAUCCAUCGCUAUUUAGUAUUUACAUCCCAUGUCUCCGUCUCGCAUAUGUACUCUUCUUUAGACUUUGUACCAUAGAACUCGAUAUAAAUCAAAGACGCUGUUCAAAAAUGGUCAGAAAUCCGGUGUCAGACAUUGGCAGCUCGGUUCGGUCCGGAGCGUCAUCGUUCUGGACUAUGCCGUUCGCUUUCUUCAUGCCAUGUUAUACAAACAACGCAUGCUCCAGUAAGCAGGCUCCGAGCGUUCUCCACGGUGAUGCCAGACACGGUAGCCACCGGGUAUGCAGGACUGCCAAGUUUAGCUGGCAAUCAAGCCCUUCAGGAACGAAAAGACAGCUGCACGACAUAUCUCAAUCCCUGAUCUUUUGUUUGCCGCGGAACGGUCGCGGUUUUCUUGUGACGACGACGCAGGCCUUGUACUGUCUUUUACUGCUCGCUCUGCGUCCCUUUCGGUCGUGCAAGGCUUCAGGGGAAGGCGAUCGCUUGGUCACAUAUCUGCUCCUGGGAGUCUCAGGGGGCAACAAUAACAGCCUCUCUUUUCAUCUGUCGUAAUCUCUCCCAGGUACUGAUUCCCAUCUUCCCAGUAGGCCUUUGAUGGGCUCGGAAGGGUCACAAGUAGAGUGAAAGUCCAUCUAUAAGAUCGGGAAGCUCCAAGCUUCUUAGGCGUUCUCCCAUCACCUCCAUCUCCGUCUCUUUCUGCCAAUGUUCCGCAGCUGGAGGAAGAAAGACCGUCCCCAGACCCCCCGGUCUGUCUCGGAGGCUCAUGUCUCGAAAUACAAGGCACCCGACGCUCUCUCGAGCCCGCCCACAGUCGUUCCGUCCUACCACCAGAACUCUAUUUCUGGAGUUGCCCCGGGCCACAGUCAUGUGGACGACAUGGACGAUCCCUUUGCUUUAAUCCCUCCGCCGGCAGUGCGGUCUCCUCGACAAUCGGCCGCGCGGCGACCUCCCAACCGUCAGCCUCUAGAGCAGCCUCGACGGCCCGCCCGUCCACCGUCGCUUGAUCUAGACUGGAAUGAUGCGGAUAUAAGGCACCAGAACGGGUCUAUUGCCAUGCCCAGUUCCAGUUCCAGCUCCAGUUCAAUGAGGAGUCCGGUGAGGGCAAUCCACCGCGUGCCCCAGCUUGAUCAUGUGUGGGAAGGCUUCAUUCGAGAUGCAGCAGAGGAAGAAACCAGGGAAGAUCCGUUCCCAUCUCAGCGACGUCUGGCGGCUGCAUCGCACGCUGGCGGCCGUCCCAGCCUGCAUUACACCAAAUCGACGCCCUACCUAGCCUCGGGGCCCGCGCUCGAUCUGGACUCCGACUCCGAGGCCUCGACAGACGAAUCAGGGCAGAGCGAACGGCGCACAUUAGCCCUAUUUCCGUCGCCUCCGCCUCUCCGGGUCCGGCGGCGAGGAACACCGAAACCGCUUGUGCUGCACCCGACACCGAGCAUAGCACCGCUUCCCCCUUCCCCGCUGUUAAGUUCUGGGGAUUCCACGCCUGUAGCGACGCCGACGACACCUCGGUCUUUCAUUGACGCAGCUUCAUAUCCCGCUCGGCAAUCCUACUCUCCUUCACGCCUUUCACCCUUGCCCAGAGAUCCCAGCACGCCACCAACUACAUCGCUUCGCCUUCGAACGGCACAGUCCGUGCCCCAUUUAGCCCCGUUGAACGCCAUCACGCAUCGUAAUGCGUCGAGCGACAUCGCAGCCACUCAAAAGACUCCAGCCGUCUUGCGUCCAGCCGGUCGCCCGGUAUGUCUGGCAUCCAUUGAGUCCAUAUGUCAUGUCUGACGUGUUUCUGCAGCAACCGCAACUCUCGCCGGCACCUCCGUCCCAGCCUUCUGUCAAUGUUCAUUGGGGAUAUGCCGUAUAAUCAUGAACAGUCCUAUUUAUGCCAGUCGACAACGCGGUGUUAACUGGCCUGUGGCCGCAAUCAAACGGAUGUAUUGGUAUCAUAUGAACACACAAACCUAGAUACUUUUUUCGGGUAAUAGAGCACCGACCUGUAAUCCCUUCCUUAUUUGUCCUUCUUUGAUUCCGGGACGGGCGUGCGCGACUGUUGGUCCUCGAGAACGGACAUGAUGAUGUAUGCGACGAGAACGACGUUGGCUCCAACGACCGCCGUCAGAGCGGCGUAUGUUGCGUUGCCUGCGCAUGGCGGUUAGGUCUUUUUUUAGCCCGCAACGCACGAUGUACCAUUCCACAGGUAUUUCUGAGAAGCAAAGUAGGAGCCUAAUGGGAUUAUUCCGAGAGAAAGCGUGAAUGCGAGAAGCUUGGUCAAUUGGGCGCUGCUGCUUUGAGAACGGUCGCCACGGGUCACAAGAUACACGUUACCUUGCUACUGCAUCCGCAGUCAACUUCCCCGCUGCGAUCUGUUCGCUCAUCUUGUGCUACUUGUGAGGGGGAAAG